AUGCAAGAUGAGAUGUCUAGAUUUGAGGCUGAAAUAUCUGGAUCCGAAUUAAUAGCCGGACCACGAGCUGUUAUAAGCUCUAGUACUUUUGGCACGGCUCAACAGCGCUUAGACCGCGUUCCGCCGCCACCGCCCCCACCUUCUUUAUUGCCACCACCCUUUGAUCCAAAUGUGAUGGGAGCUCGAUUAAUGUAUCCUGGAGUACCACCACCUCCACCACCAUCAUCAUUGAUGGUCCCUGCUUCGGUACAAAGACUGAGGCCUCCGGGUCCUACAGAAUCCUACCCCGGCCCAAUACCGUUCCUCCGCCCAGGAUUACCGGGACCGCAGCUCAUACCUCCCCCACCACCUAAACCGCAGCCUGUCGUACUUUCCGCUGCCCCCAAAUUAUACAAACAACCCAAAGAAGAUGAAGAAAAAAAAGACAAGGAAAGCAAGAAAAGGAAGCGCGAACGUGAGCCUUCGCCACUUCCAGAGCCGUUGGUGGAACCCGAGCCUAUGCCUGCGCCCCCACCGGCCCCAGCACCUCCAAUCAUCACCUCUUCCGACACCGCACCGAAACUUAAGAAAGAGAAGAAACAUCGAAAGGUAAUUAGAACUGCUGGAGGUCAAGUGUGGGAGGAUGUGACACUGUUGGAUUGGCCGGAUGACGACUUCCGGAUGUUCUGUGGAGACCUGGGCAAUGAUGUUACUGAUGAACUGCUUACAAGAACAUUCAGUAAAUACAGUUCGUUCCAAAGGGCAAAAGUUGUAAGGGACAAACGAACAAACAAAAGCAAAGGUUUUGGAUUUGUCAGUUUCAAAGAUCCAGGUGAUUUUAUUAAAGCCAUGAAAGAAAUGGAUGGUCGAUAUGUUGGGAGCAGGCCUAUAAAGCUUAGAAAAAGCACAUGGAAGAACAGAGCUUUAGAUGUAGUGAGAAGAAAGGAGAAAGAGAAAGCUGCAUUGCUCUCUUUACUCAUGUCCGGCAACAAGAGC